UAUAUAAAUAUAUACACAAUCCCUUUACCCUCUCCAACCCCCAAAGAAUCCUACUCCUCAUGGCCGCCCCCGUCCUCUCAGGGAUCCACGUUCUCGAAUUCGGCGGUCUGGCACCGGCCCCCUUCGCGGGGCUCCUCCUCGCCGACAAUGGUGCCUCGGUGCUCCGCAUCGACCGGCCCAACAGCCCAUCCAGCGAUCUCCUCACGCGGCACAAAUGCUCUGUCGCCAUCGAUCUCAAAUCGGCCUCUGGUCUGCAGUUCCUCAAGAGUCUGCUCCCGCACGCCGACAUCCUGCUCGACCCGUUCCGGCCGGGGGUCCUCGAGCGGCUGGGUCUCGGCCCCGACGUCCUGCUGCGCAUCAACCCGCGCCUGAUCAUCGGCCGCAUGACGGGUUUCCGCCGCGACGGCAAGUAUCGCGACAUGGCGGGCCACGAUAUCAAUUACCUCGCCGUGUCGGGCGCGCUGGCGCUGCUGGGCCGGAAAGGCGAGAAGCCGUACGCGCCGGGGAACAUCCUGGGGGAUUUCGCCGGCGGCGGCGCAGUGCUGUUCCAGGGCUUGCUGCUGGCGUUGCUGGAGCGCCAGCGCAGCGGCCGCGGUCAGGUCGUCGAGGCCAAUAUGGUGGAUGGGAGCGCGUACCUGGCGACGUUUCCGCGGACGGCCUUGAAGACGCCUAUGUGGGAUCGGGCGAGGGGCGAGAAUGUCUUGGAUGGGGGCUGUCCGUAUUACGAUACGUAUGAGACGCGGGACGGGAAAUACAUGGCGGUGGGAGCGCUGGAGCCGCAGUUCUUCGCCAGGCUGAUUAAAGGGUUGGGAUUGGCGGGGCGGGGGAUCGAAGAGACGAGGGAGGAUCGCGGAACGUGGCCCCACAUGAAGAAGCUGUUCGAGGAGAGGUUCAGGGAGAAGACGAGGAGCGAGUGGGAGGCGGUCUUCGAUGGCACGGAUGCGUGUUGUACUCCCGUCCUAGAUUUCUCGGAGCUGGAGAACAACACGAGUAGAGAAGGCGAUCAGCGACCCGCGGUAACUCUGCGUGCCACCCCCAGCCUAGCGAUCUCGAAAGGUGUCCCCUCCCGCGAUGCAUCCACAGGUCAAGGCCCCGGCGUCGAAGGCGAAGGCUAUCGUGGCGCGCCGCUGGCCCCUGGCGAAGGCGGCGAGAAAGCCCUUGAGGAAUGGCUGGGCUGGAAACGAGGAAAGCAGUUCGAGAUCAGGAAUGGAGGAUUCGUGACCUUGCACCAAGGAGGGGGGAGAGAAUCGAAAUUAUAAUCCUUGGGUUUUUGAAUUGGGUUUUUGAAUUGGUCCCCUGAUGAUGGAUUGAAUCUCUUGCUCCGUUUCCUUCUUUUAACGCCGCCUUGUUCUAUGCCUUUGAAGUAUGCCCCCUGAGAAAUAGGAGAGCGAGAGAGCGAGAGACGAGAGGGAAAGAUGUUGAUGCAAAAUGACAC